UCCACAAAUGAAGCCACUCACAGGGACCUCGUUGGGAGAGGGGGAAGAGGAGGCGCAGGGACUCACCCAGGGGCGCCGGCGGCGGCAGCGGCAGAGAAUGAGCUGCCAACCCGGCCCCUCACCUCGGAGGGAGCAGCAGGCAGAGCUGUCCGGGCUCCCCACGUCUCCAGAUGAAGGCAGGAUGAGCAGUCCCCAGAGGCACCCAGAGAGGGUUUUGUCUGGGAGCCAGCAGAGUGCGGAGCGUGUCAAUGAGGUGCCAGGCAGGGCCAGGCAGGAGCAGGCUGCUCACAUCGGGGACAGUGACAGGACUGAAGAAGGUGCAGAAACCCUGGAGGAGCCAGUGCUGAGUUUCCCCAGUGAGCUCUCGGUGCUGGACAGACUAGGCCUGCACAGGGUGGCUUUGACAGAGCAGGAUCUGGAGGCAGCCUUUGCCCACCUCGCGCUGGCUUUUCGCUGUGACAUGUUCACCCUGCAGCAACGGGUUCAGGUGGAGAAACGGGCACGGGAUGCAGCAGAGGAAAACAUCCAGGAGGAGCUAGGGCAGUGCCGGGCUGCCCUGGAGAGGCUGGGUCCAUCCUGUGCCAGUGUGGGCUGCAAGGAGAUGCUGGAGCAGCUGCAGCACAACCUGGCUGUGCUGUCAGCAGCUGUCGAGCGGGCAACCAGCGCUGCAGAGAAGCUGGGGGCUGUACACCAGGAGGCCCGGAUGAGCCGAGCAGCAGAGGUGAUGGUCCAGCACGUGGAGAACCUGAAGCGGCACCACAUGCGGGAGCACGCGGAGCUGGAGGAGAUGAAGCGCCUGAUCCAGCAAAACUCCCGCAACCGGCAGCUGGCAGAGACCCAGGAUGAUGUGGAGCCACGGCUGAGGCCUCACCCCCUGAAGCGAACUUUCCAGCAGGGGUCUGCCCGCCGCAGAGUCAGCAUCGCUGUCAUCCCCAAGCAGCUCUUGCCAGGUGCCAGCCCCGACAGCCGAGCAGCCCUGGCAGGUGAGACGGAGCCAGAGGGGGCCCAGCACUGGCCCAGCACCCAGAGGAGUGAACUGGAGCCACAGGGCCAGGGCAGUGCCAUGACUGAGGAGCUGGUGGCUGAGGCAGAUGGCAGAGGCUCAAGGGCAGGGGAUGAGGAGCCGGAGCAGCUUGGGCUGACGUCCAAGGGAUCCGCAGUGGAGCUGUGGCGGCCGUGGCUCUUCCUCCCGCAGCACUACUGGGUUUUCUUCUGGCUGCUUCUCCUGAGCAUCGCUUUCCUCCUCCUCCUCCGUGUCCUAGAGCUGCAGCGGCUGCAGUCUGCAGCAUCGCCCAAGGCCUAGCUGGACCAGGGAGGGGAAGGCAGCUGGGAGGUGUCACUGCUCCUUCCCCAUGCCAUAAAUCACCAAAGCUCUAGAAUAAAAA